AUGGAUCCCUCCACUUAUCUCUCUAGAGCUGUGGACCCGUUUCAGCUCGACCAGGCGUUACAGAACUCGCAUCUCACGUUCGUAGACGAGGAGCUUCAGCGCAACCUUGUUGCUAAGCAGGCUCACAACAGCGACCUGUACAAGACUCAGCAGCAGUUGCAGGGCAAUGAAAAGGGUGAUGUGCUCGUGUUGGUUUCCUUUCCCGCCUUUGAACCGCAUCACAGCUGUCAGAAGUCCGAGUUUGACACAGCUCGAGUCAUCUUGACCCGUGAUCAGAUUCUCGCGACAGGUUCUGCAAAGCUAGAGGAGCGUCUCAACAGCGAGUCUCACCAGCGCCGGGCCAAGAGAGCUGCUGAGAGAGCUCCUGUAGCUUUGCCACAAGGCGUCACUCACAUUCUGGACCUGUCACCCUCGGUCGAGGAGGAUGAUUACACCAUUGCGCUGCAACUGCUCUCGUUGACUCCAGGCAUCAAGUUCUGGUACCGUGCUGCAGCUUUUGGUGCGUCCAUUGAGGCUGUUGCAGGACACGAUGACGUUUGCCGCUGCAAAGAGAGCUACGAUACAGCUUAUCCGAUCCCAACACCACCGUUCUCGAUCGAGGGAUCAAAGCCUCUCGAUGGAUUGCAUGUCGCAGCGUUUCUUCUUGACACGGAGACCUGGCCUGUGGAUGAUCACCGCGAUAUCGACGACUUCUCCCAAGUCCGUCAGGGUGCGAAUGUCUUGAGACUGUUUCGAUCGCUUGCCAACAAUGACCUGCAGAUCGACUCUGCGCCUCGAAUGUGGACGCUCGUGGGGCUUUUCAGCAUGUUCAACAUGACCAACUACGACCUGCUACGCGAUCAUGUUGUCACGUGGUUCAACGCUGGCAACAACUACCUUUUUGUUGAAGUUCUGCCAGAAGAGACACUGCGUAUCGCCAGCAUCAUCAAGGCACCUGUCCUUGCUUUUGCCGCUUUCCGAAUUCUGGUCAACGAGCGCGCACUGGUCAUCGCUGGCGGCCAUGUCCGUGGUGAACAGGCCCGGAAGAACACCACCAUCUUCGGUCGGCGCAGCUCGGGCUGUCUUUCCGGUACUGAGCAGACGGACUUCAUUAUGCGUAUGGUGGAGCACGCCGGUGUUGCCAUGGCGGAGCGAUAUAGGAAAGCGAUCGAUGACCUCUUUGACCCUAAUGCUUUGGGUCUCUUGGGUGUUCCCGAGUGGAACCAGCUCAUCAUGCUGGGCAAGGUGAUUCCCAAGACUGAAGGGUUCACCAACCGCCUUCUCAGCACCUACAACGCGCUUUUGGAAAAGAUUCGGGCCAUCUUCCUCAGGGCAGUCACGAGAUGUGUCGACGGAGCUGUCAUAGAUCCACCAGGCGUUACCUCCCGAGAGUUAUUCAGGAGUCCUGCGACAAGAUCCAGGAUGGACAUGUGCGAGAUCGGGCUUUCUUACCUGGUCCCCAAGGAACAGCUGGCAACUUCGCAGUCCUUUUCCACUGUCUAUGCUGGUCUGAACAAGUAUCAACGCGCUUUGUGCCCUCUCGUCUGGCUUGAAAUGCGCGACUUGGCCAUCAUAGACCUCACUGGCAUAGGUGAUGCCUAUGACGCUGCCGCUGCCUUUUCUAGGGAAUUUAAGAACGCUAAGAGAAACAACAUUGUCUUCCCCGGUUCUUAUCCCGAAGUCUUUGAUGAACACGACUCGGGCUUCUACGUUGACCUUUUCGAGCACAUCAUUGAGCGAGUGUCAAACUACGCUGCGAAAUUUGGCCAGCGGCCAGACAGCGAGUUUGGCUACAACAUAACGCAAUACUUGGUCCUUGGUCUCGACGAGAAGGAGAUGGACUACUUCAGAUUCGAGGACGAGUCGUUGUACGAGCCCGAGAUCCCCGAGGCUGUGCUCGGCCCCACCGGGCCAGGCCCCAGCUUCCACACGGGCAUCACCGUGCCUAGCGUGUCGGACUCCGUCGCGGAGGGUAUGGAUGACCUAGCUCUUCGUUCUGACGAUGGCACAAGCACCGUCAUCGGAUCUGUCGUCGUCCAGGACGGCAUCUCCACCGUCUUCGGCCGCAACCGGGUCCUGACGCCGUCCGAGACCCUCGCAUCGGAGCGCUUCACUGAUGAGGCGGCGAGCGCGGACUUUGCUGAGGCCGAGUUCGUGCUGCCUGCUGCCCACCAACCGCAGGCGCGUGCCGUGGCUCAGUACGUUGAGGGCUCCCAGGACGGCACCGAUGAUAGCUUGCCGGACGGCGGUCUUACCGACGAUGAGUCCGACUUGUCGAUCUUGGACGGCGACGAUGAUGACGAGGAGGAUGACAUGGAAAUCAUCACGCAUGAUGAUGCCGACGCGGCGGGCCAGCGGGCCCAAGAUGGUCGAGAUGGUCGCUGA